CAACAAAGAAGAACACCAUGUUUGUCAAAUUAUUUAAAAAAUAAGGCAACUUAAUAAUCAUUAAGAAUUUCUGGAGUCAUAUUUUCCUGCAAAAUGCUCUUCUAAGUUGCGUAAAACUGUAAACUAGAUUAGUGCUAUUUACUUGUUUCCGGACUCCGUUUCCAUUUUUUUGGCUAAGUGCUUAGUUUCUUCAUUAAAUUAUAUUACCAGUGAUUACUGUGUGCGUAAUUGUUGGCACUGUUACUGCUGUUUCAAGAAUGCCAACUUAUGAUCCUAUUUAUGCAGGAAACAUAUUACAUGCAGUUGCAGAAGCUGCUAACUACCUUUAUAAGAAAAAUUAUAUUGGUGGAGAGCAAAAAGAGUUUAUUUAUUCUGAUUCUAGCAUCGAUGAGGCGCUAAAAGCAAUUGGUUGUGCACAUGCAGAUCCAGAUCUUCUAUUAGUUUAUGGGCCUGCAAGAUGUCACCUCGGUUUCCCAGCAUGGAGACUUCGAUAUACUGAGAUCAUACAUAUGGGACCCUUAAAGUCCAUGAAGUUUGGUUCCUUGAUAAAAGCCAUUUACAACUUCACCAAGGUGCAUCAAAAUUAUGAUCUGUCUUUGAACUAGUGGGAUGAACCUGAUUUAUUAUAUCUAUUCGGGAGGAUGAAGGCAAUACUCACUACAACCCGGAUAACAGCCUCGCGAUGUUCCGUCUGGCCAAACAUUUGAAGCUUGAUCUGACUUCCCUUAUCACCCUUGAGAAGAAUGUCUUUGUGCCAGGUUCUCGGUUGAAAUCAGUGGGAGUUUGGAGAGUUUUUUCUUUCUUUCAAGGCAUGAUUCUCAGGCUAUUCCUUCUUAAAGGCGGAAUCAUCAUAUAAUGAGCUUUUAGGCCUUGGUUUAUAAUCCUUCCUAAUAUUAUUUUUUCAAAGCUUUUCAGCAUCGUUGUAGGCCGAAAACUAGUCCUUAGUUCAAAAACUUUUGCAAAGGUAUCAAUCAAUUUUUUGAAGAAAAGUCACUUUUUUCAUAGUAUGUCGAUACAUUUGUUCUUGUUUUGAUAUCGUUAGCAAAAGACUAUGCCAUACUCUUAUUCA